CUCCCCCUCUCUAUAAUCUUUCAUACUCCAACUCCCUCUUAUAAUCUAUUCAUGGACCUCACUUACGUUUCUUAUACCAUUCAUAUCCCAAAACCUCUGAUAUCAUUCCUCCGUGCUAUUGAUCUCGUCGGCUAUAUCAUCUCCGUUAUCUUCUACUAUUUACAUCUCUACCCUUCUUCCGAACUACAGCCCCCUCCGUGGGAAGAUCGCGCUAUAGAGAACUCGGUCUCAUCGCCUCCUGCGAUGAGUACUCCUCCUUCGCUUAAGAGCACACUUCCAGUUGCAGCCUACGGCCUGUUUCUGAAGAAAAAUUAUGGGUAUUUCGAUAAUCAUGAAGAGCCAAUGUGCGCGAUUUGUUUGACUGGAUUUAGAUUGAAGGAGAAGGUGAGAGAUCUACGAAACUGUGGGCAUUUGUUUCAUAAGCAUUGCAUUGAUCGAUGGAUUGAUAUGGGGAAGGUUACGUGUCCAUUGUGCCGAUUGGAGCUAUUGCCGGCCAGGGGAAAGGGAGGUACACGGGGAUUGUUUUUUUGAUUUUUGUGAAGAAGCUCAUGUGAAUUUUCGAAUCAGGGGCUUGGAUUUGUGCCUGUGGCUUGGUUGGUGACAUGAUGCUCGUCAAUUUAAGUAAAUGACAUAGUCUUCUUCUGUAGAAUUGUAAGUUUUGUGUUAUUAAAAUUUUAGGGGCAAAUAUGUGCAUACUGUAGCUAGGGGUCAAUUAGAAUUGAAAGACAAUUUCUUUCCUUCAGUAGGGUUGUUUACCUAUUAAC